GUAAGUCUGUUUUAUGAAAGUUGUUAUGCUAAAAUGUUGCUAGAUAAAACAUUAGUUUUCAAGGAAUAGAUUGAUCUUAAAAAUCAUUUUGGAAACUGGGAAUGAAAAGAUUUUCCCUUUAUUUAUUUUUCAUAUGAAUACACUUUUUUUUUUACUUAAGAGGAAGAGAAGCACAGGUUUCUUCAACAGAAUUCUCCAGUGGGAAUCUAUUCUCUGAUGCUGUGUUCCUGAAUGAAUAAUAUUAAUAGACAACUGGCAAGCAUAGCUUCCAAACCUUCUAAAAGAGCACUGGCUGGAAAUAACCCUCGACACAACAGCUCAUCCUGAUGGGUUGUCCCAACUUCACCAGCGGAAAUGAGACUUUGCCUGACAUGCACCUGUAUACUGUGCAGACCUCUGUGCCGUUAACAAUACUUGUGGGUAUCCUCAUCCUGCUGACUUUGUUUGGAAACGUAAUGGUGGUAAUUGCUGUGAUGACAAGCCGAGCCCUGAGAGCGCCUCAGAACUUGUUUUUAGUCUCUCUGGCAUGUGCAGACAUCCUGGUUGCCACCUCGGUGAUGCCAUUCUCUUUGGCGAAUGAGCUGAUGGGUUACUGGUACUUUGGUAAAGUCUGGUGCGAAAUCCACCUGGCUUUGGAUGUGCUCUUCUGCACCUCGUCCAUUGUCCACCUGUGUGCCAUCAGCCUGGACAGAUUCUGGUCCGUCUCUCAAGCGAUUGAGCACAACUUGAGGAGGACGCCGCGCAGGAUUAAAUGCACGCUCUUCAUAGUUUGGGUGCUGGCGGCAAUAAUUUCAUUCCCUCCGCUCAUCACAAUGAAGAAGGACGAGGGCGAAGAAGACAACCCUAAAUGUAAAAUCAAUGAGGAGAAAUGGUACAUCAUAUUCUCCAGCACGGCCUCUUUCUUUGCACCCUGCGUCAUCAUGGUGACGGUGUAUCUUCGAAUAUACCAGAUCGCCAAGAAAAGAACCAGAGCCCAGCCGGGCGAAAGGCAGAGAGACACAAAGUGUGGCUCGGACCCUCUGGAAAGAAAGGACAGAGGAGGGAGGGGGGAGGAGGAGGCGGACGGCGGAGGGAUCACUGGGUUAGACGCUGAGGAGGAGCCUUCCUCGUCUGAUGGGAACGAAACCGUCCUUUGUUCCCUGAAGAAGAGGAGGGGUACACGGACCACCAAAGUGUCUCAGGAGGAGCCUGGAGAAACCCCUCCUCAGCCCCGUGGGAGGGCGACCAAGUGGAAAGGAAGGCAGCACAGGGAGCGGCGCUUCACCUUUGUUCUGGCCGUGGUCAUGGGAGUGUUUGUUCUUUGCUGGUUCCCCUUUUUCUUCACAUACACGCUCACCGCUGUGUGUGACUCCUGCCGUGUGCCAGAGACGUUGUUCAAAAUGUUUUUCUGGCUUGGUUACUGCAAUAGCUCUCUAAAUCCUGUCAUAUACACUAUAUUCAAUGUUGAUUUCAGGAGGUCUUUUAAAAAGAUCCUUUUCAAAAGGGACAUAAGAGGUUAAUAAUACACUUUCUAUGGAUACAUUUCAAAUACAGCAAUGUGGCCAUC